AUGAAGGACUUUGAAACGAGGCCGGAAAGGCCGCUUCCAUACGCAGACGAGUUUUCUUCGGCAGACGAGUAUGUGGAGAGCCUGUUGCACUUUGCUGCGAACUCGGACCUUUUUCGUUUUCUCUGCGGCGGCGUCCACAUCCUAGAUUUCUUCACCACAGAUCCGGGUCUGUUUGUCUCUGCUGUGCCCAAGGAAUGGCAGCACUAUCUCUUGCAGACCGAGCCAAUGGCUCUCCUGGACUUUUUGAUGCGCGAUGACCUGUCUUCCGUCGCCCCAAGCAAUGGCCCGGGCGCCCCUCCCGAGACACUGUUGGAAUAUGUCAAGGACAUCAGGAGGUUCUCUCUUCAACGAUCUUUCCGCCCAAGCAGGCCGAAACUCCCCGUUCUCCCCAGGUCAGUGGCACUUGGGAUGAAGACUAAGAAGGUUCACGAGGUCACCCACUUUGCCGGCUACAUCGACAGACUCUCCGAGGAUGUUGCCCGUGUUUCCGGCAAGGGUUUCACUCACUUUGUAGAUUUUGGGAGCGGCCAAAACUAUCUGGGGAGAACUCUUGCUAGCCCGCCCUACAAUAAGCAUAUCGUUGCUGUGGAGAGCAAGGAGGCCAACAUGGCAGGCGCCAAGGAUCUCGAUAUUCUCUCUGGGCUAGCCGAGAGGGAGAAGCGGGUGCGCAACAAGAAGCUCUACCAUCGUGUUCUCGAGGCUGUAGACCCCUCGCAACACAACGACGAGGAAGCCUUGAAGCGCGCCGCGAAAGAACUGGGAAUGACAGACGAGGAGAUUGCCACUAUUGAUCUCAGGUCUAGAAAGGAGCUCCAGGCUACAUACACUGUCGAGGAAGGAAAGGGCUCCAUCGAGUACGUUGUCGGCCGCUUGGAGCAUGCCGACCUGACGGGCGUUCUUGCGCAGUUGCGCAGCCAUGAGGAUGGAGUUCUUGGGAAAGAUCUUCGUAUGAUGGCGGUGUCAAUCCAUUCAUGUGGCAACCUGUCGCAUUAUGGCAUCCGUUCCAUGAUCUUGAAUCCAUGCAUCCAUGCCGUGGCCAUUGUGGGUUGCUGCUACAACCUUCUUACUGAGAAGCUAGGCCCUCCGACGUUCAAACCCCCUUUCGCUCGACCAAGCCUUCGACCCAUCAAUGCGCGGGUGGUGCGCGAGUCAGAGCGGCGGGAUCCCCAAGGGUUUCCAAUGAGCGAGCGGCUCUCGACGUACAAUGAAGAGGGCAUUCGACUCAAUAUAACAGCCCGCAUGAUGGCAUGCCAGGCGCCUGGAAACUGGACCGACGAGGAGAGCGAUGCAUUCUUUACACGACACUUUUACCGCGCUGUCCUCCAAAAAAUAUUCCUAGACAAGGGGGUCAUCUCGAGAGUCUACCACGGUCAAGAGACGGGUGCUGACACCCCAUUCAACACGAGCACCAAUCCCGUCAUCAUCGGAUCGCUGCGCAAGCACUGCUAUACAUCGUUCAAUGCCUACGUGCGGGGAGCGAUAACGAAAUUGACAACCAACUCGGAUUUCAGCCAGUACAGCCAAACGGUCAGGGAAAAGAUGGGUAAUAUCACGGAUGAGGAGAUAGCACGGUACGAGGAGAGCUUCCGAUAUCGGAAGAGAGAGCUCAGCGCCGUCUGGAGCUUGAUGGCCUUCAGUGCAUCCGUGGUGGAAUCCUUGAUCGUGACGGACCGCUGGCUGUUCCUCCGUGAGCAUUCGGAUAUUGUUCGCGACUGCUGGGUCGAGACUGUUUUCGACUACCGCGAAAGCCCCCGGAAUCUGGUUGUUGACACGAGCCUCAGCUUAAUUCACAUCCCCCUCCAUCUCUACGGCAGCCUCCUCCAGCCCAUCCUCAAGGUCCUCCUUCCAGAAAGCCAGACUCCAAACCAUCUUCUUAACCAUUCACCAUCCUCAUCCUCUCAAUCCUCACCAACCAAUGGCAGCCACCACCAUUCGCACGACCACCAUCCUUUCAUCAACAUCUCGGUCACUCCAAUAGAAUGCUCCAUAGUCUGCCCCACGAGCUGGGCAAGCAAGCUCUUUGCCGACAGAGCCGCCGCCCCUACCACUACUAGCAAGACCCUGGCCCCCUUACUCCCCUUCCUAUCCAACAAAGAAACAGAAGCAGCAGCAGCAGCGGGCGUCUCGAUAUCCAAGGACACGUAUUCGGCGCUAUGUGUCACGUCGGCGGGGAUGGACGCCGGGUCGCGCGUGGCCGACCUGACGUCGCCGCUGGCGCUCGCCAACAUACCCAUCUUCUUCAUCACGACAUAUUAUUCCGACUUCAUCCUCGUGCCGACCAAGGACCGGCAGGUUGUUGUCAAGACGCUGCUUGCGGGCGGCUUUGUUUUUGAGCAUGGAGAAGAAGGUCGUCGUGAAAUAGGUGGUGGUUAUGAGGGGGGCGGUGACAGUGCGGGUGUGAGCGCGGGCGGGCCGGGUGGGAGGAAGGUGUCGCUUGUCUCCGAAGGGCAAGCGCAAUGCCAAGGAGGCCAAGGGCUGGACGGGGGCCCACCUUCGAGCGUGAGUGAGUUGCAGGAGCGCACGUUUGAGCUGCUCAAGAAGAGGGGCGUCGUGCCCUACGUCGAGGAAGGGCUGCGGUUGGUGCAGUGCUCGGGCCGGGAGAGGUCGGCGGUGAUGAGGGGCGCUUCGUACUCGGACGGGCGGCGCUCGCGGCAUGGGAGCAACGGAAAGGGGGGAGCCCCGAGCGGAGGAGGCGCGGGAGGAGCUGCGGGGAGCAGCAUGGCAAUCAUGUGCUGGGUUGACACGGUCGACACGAAGCUCUACACGAGCGUGGUCUCGGCGCUGGUGUCCCAGCCGAGGUUCCUGAGCAUCACGCUGGCUCAGGAGGAUCCGCCUUCCCUCUUGAUGGAUCGGGAGCUGCUGGGCAUGUUUGGGGAUUCGGUGGUGGGACCGACCGAAGGGGCGCUGGUGCCCAUUUUCCUGGAUCUGGCGGACCUGCCGUUUGAGGCGACGGGGAUAGUGUCUGGCGUGGCGGGACGGUUGGUUAAGGACAUGCGCAUGGAGCAGAGCGCCGAGCUGUCGUACCUGUCGACUGCAAGGGCGGGCGCCGUGAUUCUCUCGUCGGAGGAGUCGGUUAUGGCGUUGGAUGUUCUCCGGCCACUGCUGACGAGGGAUGAGCAGGAGGAGGAAACCCAGUGA